UCCGCCCGCCACAUUCCAACAUCAACCCCCACCACACCGAAUAACCCACCUCACCCCGCACCACUCCGACACACAUUCGAAAAUGUUCUCGGCCCUCCGCUCCACCACGGCUGCCGCCGCCGCCCCGCGCACAUGCAGCCGCGCCUUCAGCAGCACGCCCCGGGCGCAACUCGCGCGCAUGACGGUCAUCGGCCGGCUCGGGGUGGCGCCAGAAGAAGUGCAAAUCUCGGGGGAGAGGACGCUGGUGCGCUAUGUGCUGGGCACGAGCCAUGGCAGGGGCGAGGAGAAGAAGACGAGCUGGUUUCGGGUUGCGAGUUUUGUGCGCGAUGGGCAGAAGGACUUUUUGAUGAGUUUGCCCAAGGGAACACUUCUCUACGUCGACGCUGAUGCGCGCAUGGAUACGUACACGGAUGCUGAUGGCAAUAAGCGCUCCAACCUUAGCUUGAUCUCACGAAACUUCGAGGUCCUCGCCCGCGCCCGUGUCGAAGAGGGCUCUGAGAACCCAGAGGCCAACGAUGAGGGUCUCGUGCAUGAGGGAUCUGGUUGAGCGUGUGGUAUCUUUCACGCACCGCUUCUGCGCUCAGCGAAUGGAUUCUUGUAAUGAGGGUAUGAAAGGGUUUUACUGCACUUGGGAUGAGUCAAUGAUGGAAGAGGGGUGAUGAUGGAUGAUAUCCGACUUCAAGCGGCGCUGUAGGGCUUAUGGUUGCAGACGUGUAUCAAGAAGUGAGCUGUAUACUACUCGAGGAAUGUGUUUUUGGUGCAAUCUCCGCUCUGGUAGUGGUGCAGAUGCUUUCAGGAUGGCCUAUCGAAUGAUACCUUUUUCCCAUGACAUAGCACGAAUGUUUCUGGGCGCACAAGACAGUUUUUAGCAUAUUGGUCCCGCUCAAGGUAGACGCACAAUUCGAG